UUUGUGCUGCUGGAACUGCCUUUCAUCCUUCCCUUUGCCACCAGGGUGCUGGCUACUUUCUGGAGCAGCGUCUUCACUCCUAUCCAGCUCUUGACACUGGCCCUCAUUCCCUAAGGUGGUGGCCUCCUCUAGGCCCAACCAGGCUGAUGGCCAUACCUUGCCUUCGGUGCUAUUGCUUUCUGUUCUUGGAAUUGGGACCUGACUGUGCCUGAGCCCCUUGGGCUGAUGGCCCCUUCUCUCACAAGGUUUUAAAGGAAGGCAAAUGAGUCUCAGCUAAGGGAGGAUCCAGCCUGCAGAAAGAAACCCCAGGGGCUGGCUGGAGGGGUUGUUGAGGACCGUCUGAGCUGGCUGGAUACCUAGCCCUCUCCUAAAUUAUCUCCCCAUCCUGGGCAACUUCCAUGGAGAAACGCCCCUGUCAGUAGGCCGCACUCAUGGCAUGUGGCCAAGCUGCUGGAGGGAUGCCCUGAAGCGGCUACCACCAUGCAUUUCCCUUCUGAAGCCUUCAGCUUGUCCUGGCAUUCCGGCUGCAACACGAGUGACGUGUGUGUGCAGUGGUGUCCACUCUCCCGGCACUGCAGCACUGAGAAAAGCAGCUCCAUUGGCAGUAUGGAGAGCCUGGAGCAACCAGGCCAAGCCACCUAUGAGGGCCAUCUCUUGCCCAUUGACCAGAGCACAUACCCCAACCAGCGUGACUCAGCCUAUAGCUCCUUCUCAGCCAGCUCGAAUGCCUCUGACUGUGCCCUUUCCCUCAGGCCAGAAGAGCCAGCCUCUGUGGACUGUAUCAUGCAAGGCCCAGGGCCAACUAAAGCCCCUAAUGGUCGCCCUAAUGUGGUCGAGACCUCAGGAGGUGGCUGGCGCACCAGUGGGGGUCACCUGACUCCUAGCUCCCAGAUGUCAUCUUGUCCUCAAGAGGUCUCCCACUCAGAGCCUGCCAAGGCUGUCAGGGGUCCCCCUCAACCUCCAGUGAGGCGAGACAGUCUUCAGGCCUCCAGAGCCCAACUCUUCAAUGGAGAGCAGUGCAGGGCUUCUGAGCUUAUAGAUUCCUUGCAACAGAAGGAGAAACCUAGCUUGGACACCGUGCUAUCCCCAAGGAACCCUAAUAGGUUCUGCUGCCUCAGCGGGCAAGACCAAGUGACAAAUGAGAGCCAUCAGAACUGUGAGCUCAGCCAACCUCCUGAAUCUAGCCAGAAGGGCUCUGAGCAUCUACUGAUGGAGGCCUCAGCCAAAGCUGUUGGAGUCCCAAAAGCAUAUGACAAAACUUCCAGCAUAGGUUCCAGCCCACUCAACCAGGCUUCAGCAGAGCUAGCUAAGACUUCUUCUUUUGGCAGCUCUCCACACCUCACAGGACCCACAGGGCAUCGCCAUAGUGCCCCUGAACAGCUGCUGGUGUCCCACUUGCAGCGUGUGCACCUCGAUACUAGGGACAGCAAAGGGACAGAGCUCCAAGCUGGGCAGGAUGGGCAGGAGUGGACUCUAUCACCUUUGCACAUGCACAGUAGCCACACAAGCAAGAAAAGCCCAUGUGCCCCUGCAGGAGGAACCCAGGACCAGCUGAGCAAAGAGAGAAAGACCAAGCCAGUGGAUGAUAGACCUCUGGGUUCAGGUCAUCAGAGUCCAAGCAGUUCUCCACAUGGAGAGGCUGAUGGACACCAUCCAGAAAGAGGUUUCCAGGAUCCAAACAGAGCAAGCAGAGCUGACAGUGAGCUGGUCAGCCAGCAGUCCUCUGGCUCCCUUGCUCAACAAACCAGGGACUGUUCUUCAACCCCUAAAGUAGCUGGCAGCACAGAGGCAACUGAAGAAGGGGACAGUGAGCCCAAGGAGUGUGGCCGGGUGGGCAGUAGGCGAAAUGGAGGGUACCGGGGCCGCUCGAUCCAAAACCGGCGGAAGAGUGAACGUUUUGCUACCAAUCUACGUAAUGAAAUUCAGAGGAGGAAAGCCCAGCUCCAGAAAGGCAAGAGUCCCUUGUCACAGCUGUGUUACACCAAGGAGCCAGUGGAAGAGACUGAGGAGACCCUAGAAAGUCCUCCACUUCCUUCUUCUAACUCAGCUCUUCUAUCUUCAUAUAAAAAACCACCAAGCCCCAGAGACAAGCUCUUCAACAAGAGCAUGAUACUCAGAGCUAGGUCUUCAGAGUGCCUCAGUCAAGCCCCUGAGGGUCAAGAAUCUAGGAUUGGCUUGGAGGGACAAGUGAGUCCUGGCCAGAGAUCUGGCCAGUCCUCUUUGAACCCGAACACCUGGUGGAAAGCAUCUGACCCAUCCUCGUCAGACUCUGAAAAAACAAACGUUCACCAUGGAGUCUGUGGAGGUCACUGGAGGUGGUCACCAGAGCACAACCUGCAGCCACAUGUGGCACUAGCCAUGGAAGGCCCUUCCAACUCAGGUGACAAGGAAUUGAAAGUGCCUACUGUCCAAGCUGGGGAGGAAGCCAUCCUCUUGCCCUUUGCAGACAGACGAAAGUUCUUUGAAGAGAGUAGCAAAUCCUUAUCUACAUCUCAUUUGCCAGGUUUAACCACUCAUAACAAGACUUUUACCCAGAGACCAAAACCUAUUGACCAAAAUUUUCGGCCAAUGAGUUCCAGCUAUAGAGAAUUGAGGCACCAUCCCAUGGACCAAUCAUAUCACUCCACAGACCAACCCUAUCAUGCCACAGACCAAUCAUAUCAUUCCAUAUCACCCCUUCAGUCAGAAACUCCCACUUACACAGAAUGUUUUGCAAGCAAAGGUCUAGAACAAUCCAUGUGCUGUAAGCCACUACACUGUGGUGAUUUUGAUUACCACAGGACGUGCUCUUACUCCUGUAAUGUCCAGGGAGCUGUAGUCCAUGACCCUUGCAUUUAUUGUUCUGGGGAAAUCUGUCCUGCUUUGCGAAAGAGAAAUAUGAUUCCAAACUGCUACAAUUGCCGGUGCCACCAUCACCAGUGCAUCCGGUGUUCAGCUUGCUGUCAUAAUCCCCAGCAUGGUACCCUCGAGGACAGCAGCUUGAAACCUGGCAACACUUGGAAACCCAGGAAGCCGACAGUGCAGGAAUUUCCUGGGGACAAAUGGAAACCAAUAACAGGAAACAGGAAGACCAGCCAGUCAGGGAGGGAAAUGGCUCAUUCCAAGGCUAGCUUUUCAUGGGCAACCCCAUUCCAUCCUUGCCUUGAGAACCCAGGACUGGACUUGUCAAGCUACCGAGCAGUCUCUUCUCUUGACCUCCUUGGAGACUUUAAGCACUCCUCCAAAAAAACAGAGGAAACCUCUGUUUAUGAAGAGGAGAGCUCCCUAGCCUCCAUGCCUCGCCCGCUGCGCAGCCGUGCCUUCUCAGAAAGCCACAUCACCCUGGAUCCUCAGAGCUCCCAGAUCUGGGAGCAGCAUAGGAAGGAGCUCUUCAACAAAGUUGAUGAGACCCAGCCAGAUGCUCUGGGUGCCAGGAAGAAGGCCUUUCCUCCUCCUCGCCCUCCUCCUCCCAACUGGGAGAAGUACAGGCUCUUCCGUGCAGCCCAGCAACAACAACAGCAGCAAAAGCAGCAGCAAGAGGAGGAAGAAGAGGAGGAGGAGGAAGAGGAAGAAGAGGAGGAGGAGAGGGUAGAGGAGGAGGAAGAAGAGGAGGAAGCGGGGGAGGAGGAGGAGCUGCCACCCCAGUAUUUCAGUUCAGAAACCACUGGUUCCGGUGCCUUCCAUCCUGAGGAGGUCCUGGAGCAGCCCCAGCUUCCGGCCUUUGGCCACCUGGAGGCCCCAAGGCAGGGCUCACAAAGCCUCCCAGCAGAGCCAGAAUCCUUUGCUCUGCGUUCCAGCGAUUUCCUGCCUCCAGUAAGGGGCCACUUGGGAUCUCAAGCUGAAAAGGCUCAACCCCCUUGUUAUUAUGGCAUUGGUGGGCUUUGGAGGACAUCAGAGCAGGAGACCACUGAUUCCAAACCAGAAGCUUUGAUGGCGGAAGAGUCCAAACCCAAACCAGCUUGGAGCCAGAGCUACUUCUUUCCUGAGGAGCAGUUCUCUUUCAUGGGCUGGGGCUCGGAUAAGCAGCACCUCAACCCUGCAGGCUUCAGUGAACCCAAGACAACAGGACAAGAUUUUCAGCACUUCUCACCUCCUCAGGGGGCCCCAGGGAUCCCUACCUCUUACUCAGCUUAUUACAAUAUUUCUGUGGCCAAAGCAGAGCUGUUGAACAAGUUGAAAGACCAACCUGAAAUGUUAGAAAUUGGCCUAGGAGAGGAGGAAAUUGACCACGAACUGGCUCAAAAAAAGGUACAGCUUAUUGAAAGCAUUGGCAGAAAACUUUCUGUCCUGCGGGAGGCCCAGCGAGGACUGCUGGAGGACAUUGCUGCCAAUUCUGCCCUUGGGGAGGAGGUGGAGGCCAACCUAAAAGCCCUCUGCAAAUCCAAUGAGUUUGAAAAAUACCGUUUGUUUAUCGGGGACCUGGACAAAGUAGUCAACCUGUUGCUGUCGCUCUCUGGUCGGCUGGCACGGGUGGAGAAUGCUCUCAACAGCAUCGAUUCAGAGGCCAACCAGGAGAAGUUGGUGCUGAUAGAGAAGAAGCAGCAGCUGACAGGGCAGUUGGCAGAUGCCAAGGAGCUGAAGGAGCAUGUGGACCGCCGGGAGAAGUUGGUGUUUGGCAUGGUCUCCCGUUACCUGCCUCAGGACCAGCUCCAAGAUUACCAGCACUUUGUGAAGAUGAAAUCUGCUCUCAUCAUUGAACAGCGAGAGCUGGAAGAGAAGAUCAAGCUCGGGGAAGAACAGCUCAAAUGUCUCAGGGAGAGCCUGCUCCUGGGGCCCAGUAAUUUCUAAUUUCCACCAGCAGACUGCCUACACCAUCCCUGCCCCACCACAGUGGGAAGUGCUUUCAGUCCUUGUUAGCAGUUAAUUAGCAAAGUAGAUAGCAGUUAGUUAGCAGUUUGUUCCAUAUUCUCUCACUGCCCCUUAACCUGGUGGUGUUCGCAACCAGCUAAGAAGGCCUGGGGAGGUCCCAAGCUUCUACCUGAGAGAGAGCAGAAGCAAGAAGUAGGAGUUGAAGCAAAGUGUGAUCAUAUAACCACACUGCUUCUCAGGUUGCAUGGCCAAGUACUCACCCCACAACAGAAGCAACAAAGUGCCUUCAUUCUUCUUUGUACUAGGACACCAGGAGCAUCCUGCACUCACCACCCACCCAGACUUUGAAGUCUCAGAGAGCAGUUGCCCAUGCAGCUCCACUCUGUCCCAAGGCUUGUGGCCUAGACAUUUCCCAGGAAGAUCUGACUAUCUUGAGGACUUUACCUACCACCAGCUUCAGGGUCUCACCGCAACUUUGCAGUAGAAAGCACAGACGAAUAGAUGACAUUUAACAGACUGUGAGCAAAGGUUGAGAAUCCCCAGGUACCCUGCUAGAAGGAGCUAUGCUUAAAGAAGCUGGCUCUACUCCCACCUUCCGCAGCAUCUAACUGAGGGAUAGGAGGCCUAUUUUUAGCCCUGGCUAGUGUGGCCCUCCCCUUGUACUAAGGCUUUGACUUACCACUUCAGGUUUCAUCUUGCCUUUUCAUUACUGGGGGUUCCAAGUGCCUAUCCUAAAGGCUUCACACUAUGGGGAAUAGCUCUACUAAAGCUGACUUCUCGAUACAUGUUUUAUUAUUGGAGGAGAGGGGAUUGUUAUAUUUUAAAUGGCCUUUCGAUUUUAUUUAUUUUUAUGUCUUUAUUAUUUUUUUUUUCUUUUUUAAACUAAUAAGGUAAGAGGGGAGUUAGAGAGUGGGAAGUUAGCUGAGAAAGAAAGUGUUUUCUGCAGAUCAGCCUGAAUCCACCAUCGCUAAGGUAAGUGGGCACCAAGGCCUUGAAUUCUUCCCACCAUAGCUGACAAGAGUCUGAGGGAGGAGUUCUCACUUCCAACUCAGAGCUGUGGCCUGAUCCUAUACUUCCCUUGAAGUCUGGAUGACCAUGAGCUUAGAGUUCCCCAAUAGGCUUCAAUUUUUUCUUGCUUACUUUUUCUUGAAACCAAAGAAAGGGACAAAGGUUCACUCAUUUCUCUACCAUUUCCAAGCUAAGGAAGGCGUAGAGGUGAGCUCAGGAAGAGCUCCUCUAUCUAAUUGUUUUCUUAGCCUGUGGCCUGGCUCAAGGAAGCGAAAUUCAUUGAUAGCUGGAAGCUCCAGCCAGGGUCAGCCCCUCAGAACAAGUUAUAAUCCAGGGUCUUAGGCACACAAAUAAUGAAUGCUGCUCCUAUGGUGAAGGUCCUAUCACCAGUAGCCAGUUUCUGUCCUGGAAAAGCCCCCAGGUGACUGAUGGCAGGAAAGGAAUUGUGGCCAAACUCUGCCCUGUUAUCCAGCUCAGCUCCCUGUUCCUUGUUAACUGGGGCCCAUGCUUGAUAUUGUACAAUGCUGCUCAGACAGCGCAGGCAUCGCUUCUAGUUACUGCUGAAUUCCUCCGGGUCCUUGGAGGUUAACUGUAGCAGCAGAGGUGCCUCAUUCAACCAAAGAAUUUGCCAAGGAACUCUGCUGCUGCUACAAAUACUGGUUGCUAGCUUCUGUUUCCUCUUCAUUGUAUUUGGAAACAAUGGAAGAAUCCUUGCCAGCAGGGUGUCCUGGGGGAGGGGAGGGCCCUGAAGUACACUGUUGCUGUCAGAACCACUGUUAAAAUAUCAACCUGCCAUUCUCCCAUCAAGUGGAGGAUUAUACUUUAUUCAGGAUGGCUGAUGGCUUAUGAAAAGGCUAGGUUUAUCUAAGCCAAGGUUGAGGAAUAUGGGGGAGUACUUCGAGUAGAGGCUGUGAUUGCCAUCUUUUUUCUUUUUAACAGGCUCUUAGACAAAGAGUGAGCAGGCUGAGAUGUCCUUCAACUGGGGCAAUAAGCCAAUGUAGCCCAUCAUUCUAAGAUUUUCUUUUUUUAGCCAGAACAACUUUUUGGGAAUAGAGCCCAGGGAAAAAAGUGGCCGCUUACAUGGACACCAUGACCAUAGUCUGGGCUUUUGUAGUCCACAUUAGAAUGCUGUGUGCUGUGCCUAGUUGUGUCUGAAUCUUUGCGACCCCACGGACUGUAACCCACCAGGCUCCUCUGUCUCUGGGAUUUCCCAGGCAAGAAUACUGGAGUAGGUUGCCAUUUCCUUCUCCACAGCAUCAGAAUGAUUGUACCUUAAGUGUACCAGACUGAAAUGGUGUUGGAGAAGACUCUUGAGAGUCCCUUGGAGUGCAAGGAGAUCCAACCAGUCCAUCCUAAAGGAAAUCAG